CAAGUGCAAGUCAUUCUCAGCACAAACUGCAUUUCUCUUUUGCUGGUGUUACAAACAAAGUAUUCAAAAAAUAAGAUGAAGAUGGUGACUAUGGGCCUGUUGCUUCUCCUGUCUCUGGCCUCAUGCAGUGACAGUAAAGUGUUUUUGUUCCCUGUGGAGUCCAGCUCUUCCUAUGUGUAUCUCAUUCCAAAGAAACCUCUGAAUUUGCAGGCCUUCACUCUCUGCAUGCGUGUUGCCACUGAAAUCUGGGGCAAUCGAGAGACCAUCCUGUUUGCUUAUCGUACUCAAGAUGCUGACGAGCUCAAUGUGUGGAGAGAAAAAGAUGGAAGACUAUCUCUUUACCUGAGAAGCAGUAAGCGUGGUGCUUUAUUUGCUCUACCGAUGCUGUCCACUUUAUCCACUCACCUGUGUGUCACCUGGGAAUCCAGAACUGGAACCACCACAUUUUGGGUGGAUGGACACCGUAGCUUGCCGAAAAUCUACGGACGUGGCCAUUAUGUACAUCCAAAUGGAGCUGUAAUUAUUGGACAGGAUCCUGAUUCAUAUUUGGGUGGCUUUAGCAAGAGUCAGAGCUUCGUGGGUGAAAUUACAGAUCUACACAUGUGGGAUACUGUGCUGAGGGCAGGUCAGAUUAAGAAGCUGUAUGAGAAACAAUACGAUGCUCCAACUGGGAAUGUGCUCAACUGGAAUUCUCUCCAGUACAGAAUCUAUGGGAAUGUGGUUGAGAAGUACAAGUCCGAGGCCUAGUUAAAAAAGUCUAGGUUUGUCUGAGACCUGAUUCUGAAUUUCUGUUCUUUGAUUUCCAUGUCUAAUAGAGUAUAUGACUAUUAUUCCUGACUAAUUAAUGUCUGUGAUUAAGAUAGAAAAUAUAUUUUUAGAGAAAUUCACAAUCUUAGUUGUCAGCUAGUUUUUGAUUUACCACCACAGAAAAAACAGACCAUUGGAGUGUUAAAUUCUGUUAGUUUUGCUUUUUCCUCUUUUCAAUUUUCAUUUUACUGUGAAACUUUAAUAUUAUGCAUCACAAAAACUGUUUUGUUGGAGGCAAUUUUGAAUAAAUCUGACAAAAUA